ACUUCCUCACUCGCAGCCAACGCUACGAGGUGGCUGUUAAGAAGAGUGCCACCAUGGUGAAGAAGAUGAGGGAGUUUGGCAUCUCAGACCCUGAAGAAAUCAUGUGGUUCAAAAAACUACAUUUGGUCAAUUUUGUGGAACCUGUGGGCCUCAAUUACUCCAUGUUUAUUCCUACCUUGCUGAAUCAGGGCACCACUGCUCAGCAAGAGAAAUGGAUGCAUCCGUCCAAAGAUCUCCAGAUAAUUGGUACCUACGCCCAGACGGAGAUGGGCCACGCUCUGUGCACCGAGGGCGACCUGAGCCUUUGGACCUUCACUUGGGCAUGUUCCUGCCCACCUUGCUUCACCAGGCCACCGCAGAGCAGCAGGAGCGUUUCUUCAUGCCGGCCUGGAAUUUGGAGAUCACGGGCACUUAUGCCCAGACAGAGAUGGGUCAUGGAACUCAUCUUCGAGGCCUGGAGACCACUGCCACAUACGACCCCAAAACCCAAGAGUUCAUUCUCAACAGCCCCACUGUGACUUCUAUUAAGUGGUGGCCUGGGGGACUUGGGAAGACUUCCAAUCAUGCAAUAGUUCUUGCUCAGCUCAUCACUCAAGGGGAGUGCUAUGGAUUGCAUGCCUUUGUUGUCCCUAUCCGUGAAAUUGGAACCCACAAGCCCUUACCAGGUAUUACUGUUGGAGAUAUUGGCCCCAAAUUUGGUUAUGAAGAGAUGGAUAAUGGCUACCUGAAGAUGGACAAUUACCGUAUUCCUAGAGAGAACAUGCUGAUGAAAUACGCCCAGGUGAAGCCUGAUGGCACAUAUGUGAAGCCCUUGAAUAACAAGCUGACAUAUGGGACCAUGGUGUUCGUCAGGUCCUUCCUCGUGGGAGAUGCAGCUCGGUGUCUGUCCAAGGCAUGCACCAUUGCCAUACGAUACAGCGCUGUGAGGCACCAGUCUGAAAUCAAGCCAGGUGAACCAGAACCACAGAUUUUGGAUUUUCAAACCCAGCAGUAUAAACUCUUCCCAUUGCUGGCCACUGCCUAUGCCUUCCACUUUGUAGGAAGGUACAUGAAGGAGACCUACCUUCGAAUUAAUGAGAGCAUUGGCCAAGGGGACCUGAGUGAGCUGCCCGAGCUUCACGCCCUCACUGCUGGGCUUAAGGCUUUUACUACAUGGACGGCCAAUGCUGGUAUUGAAGAAUGUCGGAUGGCUUGUGGUGGGCACGGCUAUUCUCACAGCAGUGGAAUUCCAAAUAUUUACGUCACUUUUACCCCAGCCUGCACCUUCGAGGGAGAGAACACUGUCAUGAUGCUACAGACGGCCAGGUUCUUGAUGAAAAUCUAUGACCAGGUGCACUCGGGGAAGUUGGUGGGUGGCAUGGUGUCCUACUUGAAUGACCUACCCAGUCAGCGUAUCCAGCCACAGCAGGUGGCAGUCUGGCCAACUGUGGUGGACAUCAACAGCCUGGACAGCUUGACUGAAGCCUACAAGCUUCGUGCAGCCAGAUUAGUAGAAAUUGCUGCAAAAAACCUAAAGACUCAUAUGAGUCACAGGAAGAGCAAGGAAGUAGCAUGGAACCUAACUUCUGUUGACCUUGUUCGGGCGAGUGAGGCUCAUUGCCACUACGUGGUAGUUAAGAUCUUUUCAGACAAACUCCCCAAGAUCCAAGACAAAGCCGUCCAGGCUGUCCUGAGGAAUCUGUGUUUCCUGUAUUCUCUCUACGGCAUCAGCCAGAAAGGAGGAGAUUUUCUUGAGGGGAACAUCAUCACAGGGGCUCAGAUGUCACAAGUAAACAGCCGGAUACUGGAAUUGCUCACACUGAUCCGCCCCAAUGCUGUUGCUCUGGUGGAUGCCUUUGACUUUAAGGAUAUGGCACUCGGCUCUGUCCUUGGCCGCUAUGACGGGAAUGUGUACGAGAACUUGUUUGAGUGGGCCAAGAAGUCCCCACUGAACAAAACGGAGGUCCACGAGUCCUACUACAAGCACUUGAAACCCCUGCUGUCCAAGCUCUGAGCUUCCCUGGGACACGUCCAUAUGCUCCAGACAGCAGCCGGAAAUCUCUCCUCCUCACUUCAUUGAUCUUCUGGAAAUCUUCAUCACAUUUGUGUAGCUCUAGAGCAGAUGAUGGGUUGGCCUUUUUCCUCUCUAUAAGUAAAGAAAAAUGAGCAGACUAGAGAUUAAAUGAGAAAUUCAGUAUGUUUUAAGUAACACGGAGACUUGGAGGUACUCAGAGGGCUUCACGGUUGUACUGCUGCUAAUCCCAGUACGCCAUGACUUUGAGUAAUUAACAGUUUAACUACUAAAUUCUUAGUUUCACAUUUUUACUGCUAAUCACUGAAUAUAUGUUUUUUAAAACAAAGGUAUUUUAUAAGGUGGAAUUUUCCAGACUUUCCAGCCUAAAUGAUCUACACUGAGGACGGAUUGGGAGCCAGAAACUAACAGAAACCCUGAUGUGGGUGUGUGGCUGGUACACGAGCCCCGCCGCCGCCUGCUGUGCUGGUGUUACUUCUCUGAACUUUCACGUUAACAUAGUCAACAAGACUCCUCAACACACAUCCGCCUGGGAGCCAUAAGCCUCAGUUGGGAGUGAUCAUCCUUUCCAGGCUCUAACUUUCCUGGUAUAGCAUGUCGCGCCUGUGGUCCCCACUUUCUGACAUAGUAACCAUAGUUAUCUUCCCUUAUUUGACCGUUGCCUGGACUUCAAUCAUGGUGGCUGACGUCUUCGUUUCUUGCUUGCUUCCUCCUGGAAGAGGUACUAAAGACAGUAACUGUCCUUCCUUGUAGAUUAAGUAGAGGGAGAGCCCUCAGCUGUGGCACUGCUGUAUUUUUGGUGACUUUAUUAAGUAAAUUUCCUGGGACAAUCCAGAUUUGAAAGAUUGUGUCAUCUUGUCAUAAGCUGUUAAAAUGCUUGGUGGCCAAUAUUUGGCAUAUAAAUCACUCAGGUCACUUUUUACACCCAGAAACAACAGAAAACCCUUUGCCACAGCCACGUGCUGUGGUUUCUAGUUCAGAAGAUGUAAUCAUUGGUGCGGGCUGAAGGACGAUUGGAGGUCGCAGCUAGUUUCUUGCUGUUAAGUACCCGGCUUCGUGGUAAGCCACUAGCAGCCUUACCUGGGGGGUCAAUUGGCCCCCUCAGUUGCAGUCCAGUCUCUACAAUCAUUGUGCUUAAAGGUGAAAGAAAUACACCUUUUGUGGUA